CAAAAUCAUGAGACCGAUCAUGGGACCGUGUAGCUCCUGUGUCUAACAGCAGUGUUUGGGUUACAGUUGAUGCCACCAUUAUGGCGGUAGAAACCAUCGCACCUGACUGGGAGUUUGACCGUUUUGACGACGGUUCACAGAAAAUACACACAGAGGUUCAACUGAAGAACUACAGCAAGUUUCUGGAGGAGUACACCUCCCAACUGAGGGGUAUCGAGGAGGCUCUGGAUGACUCCAUUGGAGAUGUUUGGGACUUCACUCUGGACCCCAUCGCCCUGAAGCUUCUCCCAUACGAGCAGUCAUCACUACUGGAGUUAAUUAAAACAGACAACAAGGUGCUGAACAAAGUCAUCACAGUUUAUGCUGCUCUCUGCAGUGAAGUGAAGAAGCUCAAGUAUGAGGCUGAAACCAAGUUCUACAAUGGCUUACUGUACUAUGGAGAGGGAGUCUCUGACACCAGCGUUGUUGAAGGAGACUCUCAGAUUCAGAUGGGCAGAUUUAUCUCGUUCCUCCAGGAACUGUCCUGUUUUGUGUCAAGAUGUUAUGAAGUGGUGGUCAACAUUGUUCAUCAGCUGGCUGCCCUCUACAACAGCAACAAAGGUGCAACAAAAAUCAUUGAGUCAUCAGGUGUCCAUUUCCAGAUAGUGUACGAACACCUCGGGGAGUUGUUAGUGGUUCUGCUCACACUCGAUGAGAUAAUGGAAAAUCACGGCACACUAAAAGAUCACUGGAAGAUGUAUAAAAGGUUGUUAAAAUCUGUGCACCAUAACCCGGGAAAGUUUUCCAUUCCUGAAGAGAAGCUGAAACCGUUCGAAAAGCUCCUGCUCAAGCUUGAGGGACAGCUGCUGGAUGGCAUGAUACUGCAGGCCUGUGUGGAGCAGAGAUUCGAUGAUCCUGGGGAAGGAGUAGCUGUCGCCAAAAACAGCGCCUUUGCUGAGGAGUUUGCCUUCAACAUUCGCACCAUAUUCACUAAUGUUGAAUCCAAAAUUGGUGAACCUUCAGAGAUAGACCAGAGAGAUAAAUAUGCUGGCGUCUGUUGCCUCUUUGUGCUUCACUUUCACAUUUUCAGGAGUGUUGACAAAAAGUUCUACAAAGCGCUGCUCGACAUCUGUAAAAAGGUUCCAGCAGUUACUCUCACUGCAAACAUCAUCUGGUUUCCUGACACGUUCCUCCUGGCUAAGGUCCCAGCGGCAGCUAAACUGAUGGAUAAGAAGAGUCUACAGGCCAUCAGAGCGCAGAGAGACACCUACCUGCAGCAAAGAGCACAGACGCUAACAAAGGAUGUUCAGUCGUACUAUGUGUUUGUAACUUCCUGGAUGAUGAAGAUGGAGUCCAUCCUGUCCAAGGAGCAGAAAAGUGACAAGUUGGCAGAAGACCUUAACAGCAGGUGUAAUGUGUUUAUACAGGGCAUCCUGUAUGCAUACAGCAUCAGCACUAUUAUCAAAACCACCAUGAACAUGUACAUGUCGAUGCAGCGGCCCAUGACCAAGACCUCCGUCAAAGCUCUGUGUCGACUGGUUGAGCUACUCAAGGCUGUGGAGCACACAUUCCACAGGCGGUCCAUGGUUGUAGCAGACUCUGUUUCUCACAUCACUCAGCAGCUGCAGUCGCAGGCCCUCAACGCCAUCGGCAAUGCCAAGAAAAGGGUGAUCUCCGACAAGAAGUACAGCGAGCAGCGGCUGGACGUGCUGUCCUCUCUGGUGCUGGCAGAAAAUGCUCUGAGUGGACCGAGCACAAAGGAGCGUCGCCUAGUGGUGUCUCUGGCACUGUGUGUGGGCACUCAGCUGAAAACUUUUAAAGACGAGGAGCUGCUUCCACUGCAGCUGGUGUUGAAAAAGCUGGAUCUGAUAAGUGAGCUGAGCGAGAGGGUCAAGCUGCAGUGUGACUGUAGCUUCCUUUACUGGCAGCGAGCUGUGUUUCCCAUCUACCUAGAUGAUGUAUAUGACAAUGCCGUGGACGCAGCACGAAUACACUACAUGUUCAGUGCGCUGCGGGACAGUGUGCCCUCCAUGUUGCACGCCAAACACAUGGAGUCAUGUAACCAACUACUGGAGAGCUACGACAAGGAGAUCAUGGACGUGUUCAAUGAGCACCUGCUGGACAAGCUGUGUAAGGAGAUCGAGAAGGACCUGCGUCUCUCUGUUCACACCCACCUGAAGCUGGACGACAGGAACCCUUUCAAAGUCGGCAUGAAGGACCUGGCGCACUUCUUCUCCCUCAAACCCAUCCGCUUCUUCAACCGCUUCAUCCACAUCAAAGCCUAUGUGACCCACUACCUGGAUAAAACUUUCUACAACCUAACCACUGUCGCUCUGCAUGACUGGGCCACCUACAGUGAGAUGAGAAACCUCGCCACACAACGCUAUGGGCUCACAAUGACGGAGGCACACCUGCCCAGCCAGACCCUAGAGCAGGGUUUGGAUGUUCUGGAGAUCAUGAGGAACAUUCACGUCUUUGUCUCACGCUACCUUUACAACCUCAACAACCAGAUCUUCAUAGAGAAGGCCAGUAACAACAAGCACUUGAACACCAUCAACAUCCGUCACAUCGCCAACUCCAUCCGGACCCACGGCACAGGCAUUAUGAACACCACAGUGAAUUUCACCUACCAGUUCCUGCGGAAGAAGUUUUACAUCUUCAGUCAGUUUAUGUACGACGAGCACAUCAAGUCCAGACUCAUCAAGGACAUCCGCUUCUUCAGAGAAACAAAGGACCAGUCUGAUCAGAAGUAUCCAUUUGAGCGAGCGGAGAAAUUUAACCGUGGCAUCAGGAAGCUGGGCAUCACUCCGGAAGGACACAGCUACCUGGACCAGUUCAGACAGCUCAUCAGCCAGAUUGGUAACGCCAUGGGCUAUGUGCGCAUGAUCCGUUCUGGAGGCCUCCACUGUUGCAGCAGUGCCAUCAGGUUCGUCCCUGACCUGGAGGAUAUAGUCAACUUUGAGGAGCUGGUGAAGGAGGAGGGACUUUCAGAGGAGACCCAGAGAGCUGCCAGCAUCCUGGAUUCAGUGUUGGGAGAUCUGACCAGCAACUCUGCUGAAGGGACGGAAUACUUCAAGAUGCUGGUGGCUGUGUUUGCGCCUGAGUUUCGCAGUGCCAAGAAUAUGCACCUGAGGAACUUCUACAUGAUUGUACCCCCACUGACGGUGAAUUUUGUGGAGCACUCCAUCAGCUGCAAAGAGAAACUCAACAAGAAAAACAAAUCUGGAGCUGCUUUCACAGAUGAUGGCUUUGCUAUGGGUGUGGCGUACAUCCUGAAGCUGCUGGACCAAUAUCUGGAGUUUGACUCUCUGCACUGGUUCCAGGCCGUCAGAGACAAGUACAAGAGGGAGAUGAAUGCUGUGGUGAAGGAGCAGAGUGUCCAGUCGGCCAGCCAGGAUGAGAAGUUACUGCAAACUAUGAACCUCACUCAGAAGAGGCUGGACAUCUACCUUCAGGAGUUUGAGCUGCUCCACUUCUCAUUAAGCAGCGCCCGGAUCUUCUUCAGAGCGGACAAGACUGCAGCCGAGGAGACUCAGGAGAAGAAAGAUAAAGAGGAAGCUUCCAAAGCGGGAAGUACUGCAGAUGGCUCAACCCCGACUGAACCUGCCUCAAAGUGACCCUCACUGUGAGAUCAGCAGAUCAGGGUUCACAACAUGGGCAGAGGAGGGUGUGUGAAGAGAGGAUCUCAAGCAGCAGACUGCACUGAAACAUGUGCUUCGUUCAGGGAGAAACAACUCGUAAACUGGAUGUAACGACAGACACCUAAAGGAUAUUGUGUCUCUUUACGUCUCACGACAAAGCAAUCAUCAUCAUCAUCAUCAGAGAGAGAGAAUGUCUGCUCAUAGUGCUCCUGCAGGACGUGUCUUUUUGGUUUCCAUCCUUCAGAAACAACGACGUAACAUCCCCACAGCUUUGAAGUGUUUGCAACAUCUAAUAACUUCAGUUUGAAUUUGUAGCAUUUACGCGAGCGACUGCAAUUUUGAAAAGGUCAGCUGGUGUCACAGCUGUACUGUAACAGUGAUCGCUUUCUUUGCCAUGCUGCCUUUUGAUACUCACACAUCCAGUCUAGAUGGACUAGAUUAUUUUUCUACAGUAGAAGCCUCACCUGUGUGUGUGUGUGUCCUCUGCUGAUCAGAGACAAAUUCAAUCAGUGACUGAUUUGCAUCUGUUUUUAUUUUCUAUACUUUGCUACAUCUUUGUGUCCACUGUACUAAUUUUGAUCGAUUGUCCGUUGCCUUUAACGGCAGCUCUGUUCUUAAUGCCACUGCAGAUUAAGGCACAGUAAUGAGAAUGUUUUCAGUGUAUUAUCUCAUGUUAUGUGCCAUAUUUGUCUACUGCUAGUUCUUGUUUUGUCCAUUUUAUACAUUGUAUGAAUUAUGGUGUGUAUGUGCCUUUCAGAUCUGUGGAUACCUGUUUGUAUAACCUAAUUAAUUUAGGAAUAAUACAUCUAACAUAGAAAGAUUCUCAAUCUGUGGGUGUAGCAUAGUGCAAACGUUUCAGGAGAUGUUUCAUUACAUUUUGAUUUCCCAGUUUUCUAUUUAUCAACAUGUGGUACAUGUGAGGCCAUAACUGGUCAGAACUACAUUCCAUGAAUUGACUUGCUUGAUGAGAAAGUUCUGUUCAGUCUUUGAAGACUAAUAAAACCUGCACUUUCAACAGAA